AUGAAUGAGUCAAAUACUCAGGAAAGCACUUUGAUUCAGGGAUUGGAAGAGUUGUCCUUUUUUGCUGAAGUUGAAUGUUUAGAUUAUGGGAAUGGUUCUAUGCAAGGUAAAGAUGAUGAGUUGAAGUAUUUUGUUGAAGAUGAUGAGUUGAAAUAUUUCGGUGAAGAAGAUGAGUUGAAAGAUGAAAGUGGUGCGGGGUAUACUGUUGAUGAGCAAUGGUGUGAUAGCAACGAUGAAACCACGAAGGGUAACGAUGCCACUGAUAGCAUUCCAAUAGAUUGUGUAGGAGAUAUUUGUAGCAUUGAUUUGAAGACAUUUUUGCCACAACAAAUAUCUGUGUACGAUUUUGUGAAUCUAGAUGUUGCAUACUUGUUCUACGUCCAUUAUGGCAGGGCCAAUGGAUUUUGUGUCCGAAAAUACAAUGUUAUUAAAAGUCUGAAAACCGGGGACAUAUUGCAGCAAGACUUUGUUUGUAACAGGAAUGGUAGACGUGAAGUUAGGGGGUUGUCAGUGGAGCAAAGGAAACGAGAGCCUAAGCGAGAAACUAGAUGUGGUUGUAAGGCUAAGUUCAGGGUUCAUGUUGACAUUAUAAGUGGUCGAUGGUAUUGUACUUGCUUUACAGAUAAUCACAAUCAUGAGCUAUUUGAUGAUGUUGAGUGCGGAAUGCAGGCACCUCAUAGGAAGAUGAAUUUGAGUGAUAUAGCUCAGAUGAAUAGCUACAGAGAUGCUGGGAUUGGGGUUCCUCAUAUUUUCCGUGCUAUUGCGAAUCAGUGUGGAGGAGUGGAUAAAAUGUCGUACAGUAAAAGGAGCAUGUAUAACCAGAUUAGUCGGCAAAGGCGGAUGCUUAAAAAUGAUAGUGUGACUGCAAUGCAAUUCUUGGCUCAAUUGGAUUCCAAGGAUGACAACUUUUAUUGUGAGCACAUUGUGGAUCAGGAUAAUAGACUGCAACAUCUGUUUUGGAGUGAUGGCAUUGGUCGGUUGAGCUACCAGGUAUAUGGUGAUGUGUUGGCAUUUGAUGCCACAUAUGGGAAAAAUAAGUACUUGCUGCCAAUAGUUGUGUUCUCAGGGGUAAACAAUCAUAAUAGAACAACCAUUUUUGCUAUUGCGGUAGUUACAAAUGAAACUGAGGAAACUUAUGUGUGGUUGUUGGAACAAUUUUUGGCAGCAAUGAAUGGUAAACAACCUGUUGCUGUUAUUACAGAUGGUCACCCAUCAAUGAGGAAUGCAAUUAGGAAGGUGUUUCCGAAUGCUUACCAUCGUCUUUGUGCAUGGCAUCUACUUCAAAAUGCGAACAGAAAUAUUGGGAACCCUUUGUUCACUCAAGGGUUUAAGAAUUGCAUGUUUGGUGACUAUGAUGUGGGAAAAUUCAAGAGAAAGUGGGAUGAAUUGGUUUUAAAGCUUGGUUUGGUAGACAACUCUUGGGUACAAGAUACAUAUGAGAAGAGAAAAAUGUGGGCAUCGGCUCAUUUGCGGGUUAAAUUUUUUGGUGGAUUUAGGACCACAUCUAGAUGUGAGGGUUUUCACUCUGAGUUAGGCAAAUAUGUUCAUUCCCGGCAAAACUUGACAUACUUCUUACAACAGUUGACUACAUGCGUGAAGCAUAUGCGAUAUAGAGAGCUGGAUGACGAUUGUCGUUCUAUACAUGGAGUGCCUGUACCCCAAACCAAAUUAAAAUCAUUGGAAAUGUCAGCUGCAAAGUACUUUACUGAAAAUGUGUUUCGUCUAUUUCGUCCUGUUUUGCAUCAUGCUCCGUUGCUGAAAAUUGUAGAAUGCAAGGAUGCUUUGACGUGCUCAAUUUAUACUGUGGCUAAGCCAAGUUUUGGGGCCAAAGAGUGGCAUGUUUCUUUUUAUCCGGAUAGCAAAGACCUGAAAUGUUCUUGUAUGAAGAUGGAGUCACGGGGCUUACCAUGUGAGCACAUAGUUGCUGUGUUAGCGCAUUUAAAAAUGGAAGACUUUCCUGAAAGCAUUAUUUUGAAAAGAUGGACCAAAGGUGCAAGAGAUGGGCUUUAUAGUGGUAAGGAUUUUCUCAACGAUGGAUGGAAUUCUCUAAAGAGCAGUAGAUGUGGAGCAUUGAUGGAUCUAUAUAGGGUUCUGGCUGAUUUAAAUUCUGAUAAUAUGGCUGAUUUCAAUGAUGCAAGAGGAAAGGCCAAUGAGCUAAUUCAGCAAAGUAAGGCGAAGAAGUCAUGUCAACGGGAAGGUGGAGUUUCAUUGAGCCAAAGUGAUCUUUUAAAUUUAAAGGAUCCCUUGCAUUUAAGUAGGAAAGGUCGUGGUGGAAAAAACAAAUCAUGUUCAGGAUUGAAGGCGGAACGUACCAUCAAUUGUUCGAUAUGCAAGGAAGCUGGCCAUAACAAGCAAACCUGUCUUAAUCGUCCUCACGGUGGUGAAGAAAUUAACUUCUUUACUUCAGACCUUGAUGUUAACGAGGUUGAAAUUGGCCUUCCAGUAAGUGAUGUAGCAUAUGAAAUGAAUGCCACAACAUUGUCAUGA